CACCACAUAGAAAUAAUAUUUUUGAUAUGGCAGAAGAAUUUCCACUCCACGAAAGUAUAUUUCGGGGUGAUUUGAAGGCAGUAUCACAGUUGCUAAGGACACAUGAUGUUGCACAAAAAGAUAAACACGGUAACACUCCUUUACACUUGGCCAUCAUGCUUGGACACAAAGAAUGCGUACAUCUAUUACUGGCCCACAAUGCACCAGUGAAGGUGAAAAAUGCACAAACCUGGGGACCCCUCGCUGAAGCUAUAAGCUACGGAGAUCGUCAGACAAUCACAUCACUGCUAAGAAAGCUCAAACAACAGUCCAAAGAGAAUUAUGAGUCCAGAAGACCACUCCUCGUACAAGCCUUGAAAGAACUAGGUGACUUCUAUCUUGAGCUUAAGUGGGACUUUCAAAGCUGGUUACCAUUAGUUUCAAGAAUCCUGCCCUCAGAUAUUUGCAAAAUACAUAAAAAAGGCAGUUGUGUAAGGAUGGACACUACCCUUGUUGACUUCAAUGAUAUGAAGUGGGAGCGAGGAGACAUCAGUUUCAUAUUUAAUGGUGAAAAGAAGCCCUCCCAUUCUCUAAAAGUACUGGAUAAUAAAACCAGAGUCUAUCAACGAGUGCGACAAGAGGAUACAGAAGCUGAAAUUGAGGAAGAGGUUGAUAUUCUGAUGUGCAGCGAUAUUGUAGCUGCACAGAUGUCUACUAAAAAUAUCACAUUCACUCGGGCACAAAGUGGAUGGUUCUUCAAAGAGGACAAGAGUGAAAAAGUUGGCACUUAUAACACAGAUUUCUAUGCAGUACAUGGACUUAAUCUAGAAUCAAAAAAGCGGCGUGAGCACUUAACAGAAGAAGAUCUCCAUAAAAAUAAAACUCUCAUGGAAAACCUCAGUAAAGGAAGGAUGGUCGAACAUUUAGAGACUCAGAGAAGUACCUCACUACCCCCUCCCCCACCCACCAAUGUGACCUGGGAGCAAUACAUAAAAUCGCCUGCUGGAAAACCUCCACUUAUAGGACGUCCAAGAGUUAGCAAGGAAAACUGUAAAACAUUUAAGGCAACUUUAGGAAUGAGUCAAGAUUUCCCAAUGAGCGUGAAUACACUGCUAGAUGUACUAGAAAUCAUUGCACCUCUGAAGCAAUUCACCAAACUUCGUGAAUUUAUGGAGACAAAACUACCAGAUGGAUUUCCAGUAAAAAUAGAAAUUCCUGUCUUCCCAACAGUUACAGCUAAAGUGACAUUUCAGGACUUUGAAUGGAGAACUAAUAUAUCUGACACUCUCUUCACAGUGCCUAAGGACUAUAGUGAAGAUCCUAACAGAUUCCCAGAUUUAUGACCCACGCUUGAAAUGUUACUAAUUAGUGUUUUAUCUAGUCUGAAAGAUUCAGUCUACGAUGAGAAUCAUGAUAUUACAGUCGGGAUGGAUAUCCCAUUAACCAAUCUGCUAAACUCAAGCGCACAUAUGACUCUGAUCUUUGAACCCUCUACAGCUGAGUGAAUAAAGGUGAUUCUAAUCAGUCCAUGCAUCUAUUUCAUCUUGAUUGUGCAAUCGGAUGUGCUUAAAUUUAAACAAGGAAGCAGAGUGUCUUUGGCUGUCUGUCUACCAUCUUUCUGCUAAUGAGAGAAUAUGUGGUUUCAAAAGUUAAAUCACACCUUAAUGCAUUGAUAUCACAUGACCAGUGAAUGUUUCAGAGAAAAAAUAAAGUUACAUCUUACAAAGUAGAUGAAAGUAGAUUUAGAUUGACUGUAUAACUUGAAAGUCUUGCGUUACAUUAAA